AUGGCCGGCACCCCGUCUCCUGCCAAAUCAAGACCUGCUACCACCGACGCGUCUCGUUAUCGCAACAUGACUGCUGGGUCCCCGUCGCUGCACCAUCGAGCUCCCCACUCGCCUGAAGGCCCCUCCUCCCUUCCUCCAGACCAGCAGCAGCAGCAGCCACAGCCAUUUUAUCUCCAUCAGCAGCAGCAGCAGCAGCAGCAGCAUCAUUCGCAGCAAGAGCAGCAGCAGCAUAAGCUGGAGCGCCAGGAGCACCAAUUCCAUCAGUCCCGUCAGUCUCACACGAUGGAGCAUCUCCACAGACCCACGCGCUCCCACCCCUUCCUCCACUCCUCCACCUCACGAUCCCUCUUCCACAGUCCGAGUCAAAAGAACUCCGUACCAUCUUCCAACCCUUCUCUCCCUUCUCUCCCCCGACCUAUACCCCUUCUCCCUCCCUCUCUCCGCUUCCCCUUCCGCUCUCCCCUCGCCUCCUGCAUCCUCGGAGCACUGCUCUCUCAGCUGCUCUCCCUCCCCUUACUCUUCCUCCUGCUGCCGCUGCCUCCCCGUCUGCCCUCAUACCACCAGGCUCCUCCUUUCCAGCCUUUUCCCGCGACCUCUUUCUCUCACAAACUCGAUUUGCGGCGCUGGUUCGGUUUAGGCCAGCAGCAGCAACAGUGGCAGCAGCAGUGGCAGCAGCAGUGGCCGCAGCAACAGCAACAGAAGCACUACCAUCAGCAGCGGCAGCAGCAGGUGUACCCGCCUCAUCACCCCCCUGCACAUCUACCCGCACCUGAUCGCCCUUCCCCUGAUUCAACCUCCCUGGAUGCACGUGAAAAGAGUGGCACUUUGUCAAGUGAAGGGAGGGAGGGAGCAGCAGCACAGGAGAGCGGCUCUCUGACAGGUGAAGGGAGGGAGCGGGCAGCAGUACAAGAGCAGAGCAGCACUCAGUCAAGUGAAGGGAGCGAGGUGGCGGCUGCAUGUGAGGGAAGGAGGACCCUGUCAUGUGAAGGGAGGGCGGGAGCAGCAGCACGGGAGGAGAGCUCUCAGCCUAUGGCAGGGCAGAGUGCUGCUGCUCUGGCACGAGGCGGCUGGGGGGCUGCUCUGCAGAACCAGUAUGCCCGCAAGGUGGAUGUGGUGUUACGGGGUUACAGCGGGUACAACACCCGCUGGGCACUCUUCCUCCUACCCAAGCUCUUCCCCAAGGGUGACACGUCGAUUCCUCCUCCCGCGCUGGUGACUGUCUUCUUUGGCGCCAACGACGCUGCGCUGCCAGGGAGAACGAGCGGCAAGCAGCACGUGCCGAUCCCCGAGUUCAAGGAGAACCUGCGAGUCAUAGUCACUCACCUGCAGUCGCUGGGCCCCAACGUGCGUGUGGUGCUAAUCACGCCACCCCCUGUGGACGAGCCUGGUCGCAUGGAUUUCGCCAAAGAAAUGUACGGUGAGCAGUGCAUGAAAGAACCGGAGCGCACGAACGAGGUGACGGGCAAGUAUGCAGGAGCAGUGAGGGAGGUAGCAGAGGCAUGUGGGGGCGUGCCUGUGAUUGACCUCUGGACCGUGCUGCAGCAACAACCCAACUGGCAGGCCCUGCUCAGCGACGGGCUCCACCUGGCUCCUGGGGGAAACAAGGUGUUGUUUGAGCAGCUGUCGUCGCUUCUCCAAUCAAGUGCUGAUUGGACGCCACCUUUGGUGCAAGAGAGCAUGCCGUGGGAUUUUCCAGAGCAUAUCAAUAUUGACGGUGAAAAUCCUGGAAAUGCAUUCAAGGACUUGUAA